AUGUCCUUAUUUUCACGACUAAUACCUACGCUACGACCUAGAAAACUUCCUCUUGCAUUUCCUUUUUCUCCUAUUCGCAUAACCAGAUCAAACACUACAACCACUCGACCCAAUGAAGCAUUGCCAAUCAAACCAGUAACACCCAACGACCUUUAUGUAUCAUGCACCACUUUUGACAAACAUGGAACCAUUACUGCCAUAUCCAAGAAAUACCCCAAAACAACCUUCCUCAAGGAUAAUCAUCUCUACCCGAGAGAUUUGCGAAAAAUCGAUACUUCUUCAAUUGAUGUUGCCCCUACAAUCAUGAUCAGACCUCUGGACGCGAUAUUAGUAAACUUGCUCCAUAUAAAAGCCAUUAUUAAACGAGACUGUGUUAUGAUUUUCGAUACUAGUGCCUCGGAAGCAGCUACCAAGUUAGGAGUGUUUAUGUAUGAUCUCGAAUUAAAGUUGAAGCUGCCCGGUGUCCAUGGCCACGGGUUACCGUUUGAAUUUCGAGCAUUGGAAAGUAUUUUGGUUAAUGUAAUGAGCUAUUUGGAGACCGAGAUUAAAUUGCACGAGUCUAGUUGUGGGGUGAUCCUUAGUGAAUUGGAAGAUCAAGUCGAUAGACACAAGUUGCAAGAUUUGUUGAUUCGACUGAAGAAAUUGUCAAGUUUCUAUCAAAAGGCAGUGUUAAUUAGAGAUGUUCUCGAGGAAUUAUUAGAAAACGAUGAAGAUUUGGCCGGGAUGUAUUUGAGCGAACAGAAACAUUUCAAUCCUGAGUUUGAAGAUUAUGAUGAUUUGGAAAUGUUGUUGGAAAGUUACUACCGACAAUGCGAUGAAUUUGUCCAACAUGCUGGAAGUUUAUUGAAUGACAUUAAAGCUACCGAAGAAAUUGUCAAUAUUAUCUUGGAUGCAAAUCGUAACUCGCUUAUGUUAUUCGAAUUGAAAAUUACAGUAUACACUUUGGGAUUCACAGUUGCUACUUUAGUUCCAGCGUUUUAUGGUAUGAAUUUGAAGAACUAUAUUGAAGAAUCAAACUUUGGAUUUGGGGCAGUGAUUGUUAUCUCUCUUAUCCAGGGUCUUUUAAUAACAUGGAUGAAUUUCAACAAGUUGCAUAAAGUUCAAAAGUUAACCAUGAUGGGAACAAGAGGAGCUUCUAAACCAUUACCCCAACCCCAUGUUCAUAUACCUACACCCCCUCCCCCUCCUCCUCCUCUCAAACCUAAAAUGACACUACUACAAAGAUUUUGGUUUGGACCAGGACGUCAAAAUCGUGGUCGACGGAAGUUUGAUCGUCCUACCAGUAGAGAGAAGGAUGUUAUUUGGAGAAUGAUUAAUGAUGAAAAAAUGAGAUAA